AUGUUACCUGGAAAAGGAUCUGCGCACCACAGAGUGAAAAGCAUCAAACAUGGCCUGCCCUACAAGAAGUGCUUCUUGAGUUUCCUCCUAGCCUUUGUCCUCUCCACGACAUUAUGCGAUGCACAAUGCUAUGCAGAAAUGAUUGAUCCAAAGGCAAAAGGCUGCAAUGAUAGGGAUGGAGCCUUUCAUAAAUUUAAUACGAGAUGGAAGACCAAGGAUUGCUUCCGCUGUACCUGUCGCAAGCAAACAAUAGAGUGCUGCAGCCUUUUCGCUAUACCCACUUCCUACAAUGAACAGAAGUGUAAACGUAUUUUCCAUGCGAAGACCUGCCGCUACACUGUGGUGGAGAAGGCUAACCCCUCCAAAACCUGUAAGGUCCAGGGUUGGGUGGCUUAA